CGAUUUGAUCAAAGAAUUUGAAACAUGGUUCAGGUAGUUAGUUUGGGGGUUUGGGAUUAUGUAAUUUUAGGUGUUGUUUUAUUGAUUUCCGCCGGAAUUGGGGUUUAUUUCAGAUUUACGGGAGGAAAGCAGAAAACUGCAAAGGAAUAUCUUUUGGCGGAUAAAAAUAUGUCGAUAAUACCGGUAGCUUUUUCGUUAAUGGCUUCUUUCAUGUCAGCAGUAACUUUAUUGGGGGUUUCCAGCGAAAAUUACGUUUACGGUUUCCAAUUUAUCGUAAUCAACUUAUCGUAUGGCCUAUUUACGCCGAUUGCCGCAUAUAUUUAUUUACCGGUAUUUUUUAAAUUGCAAGCAACAAGUGCUUAUGAGUACCUUGAGAAACGUUUUGGGAAAUUAUCUCGUUUGACAGCUUCGUUGUGUUAUAGUUUCCAAAUGAUUUUGUACAUGGGGAUUGUUUUGUACGCCCCAGCUUUAGCUUUAGGUGCUUUAACUGGUAUUUCAAAGUAUGCCGCAAUUCUGACGGUUGGUUUGGUUUGUACAUUUUAUUCAACGAUUGGUGGAAUGAAAGCUGUUCUUAUGACGGAUGUUUUCCAAUCCUUAUUAAUGUUCGCUUCUGUUUUUUGCAUCAUUAUUUAUGCCGGAAUCGAUGUCGGGGGUUUACAAGAAAUUUGGAAUAUAGCUGAAAAAGGUGGACGAACAGAUUUAUUGAAUUUUGAUCCUGAUCCCACCGUAAGACACACUUGGUUUACCUUAAUAAUAGGUGGAGGAAUAACAUUUUUAACACUAUACGGUGUAAAUCAAACUCAAGUUCAACGAUAUCUCACCUUAAAAGACUUAAAAUCAGCCCAAACCGCAUUAUGGGUGCAAUGGCCUAUUUUAAGCGCGCUAAGUUUAAGCACUUCAUUCUCUGGCUUAGCCAUUUACUCAAGAUUUUACAAUUGCGAUCCAGUUGCAGCAGGAAAAAUUGAAUUAAAUGACCAAUUAAUGCCUUAUUUCGUAAUUGAUAGUAUGGGUCAUAUCACUGGUUUAACCGGUUUAUUUGUUGCUGGUUUAGCCAGCGCUGCUUUAUCAACAGUUUCAGCAACAAUUAAUUCGUUAGCUGCAGUUACAAUGGAAGAUUAUUUUAAGCCAAUUUAUAAAAAACUCUACAACACUGAUUUAAAAGAAACAAAAUUAGCAAUUUUCUCCAAAAUAGCCGCGUUGUGUUAUGGUUUUAUUUGUUUGGGAGUCGCUUUUCUAGCGGAAAAUUUCGGCGGUGUUCUACAAUCUUCUUUAACGAUUUUCGGAGUCGUCGGUGGACCAUUAUUAGGAUUUUUCUCCUUGGGCAUGUUUACAACGAGAGCCAAUCAAAAGGGAAGUUUAACUGCUUUAUUACUCGGAUUAUCGUUAGCUUUAUGGGCAGGUUUUGGUUUACCGAGACCAUCUCCACCAAAACUACCUGUUUCAAUCGACGGUUGUGGACAAGAACUCGAUGGAGUAUCAUUUUUGAAUCAAACUUCUUUUAAUACUCGACAAGAUGAAGAAAUAAAUUAUCUUUGGCUAUACAGAAUUUCUUAUUUAUAUAACGGCGUUUUUGGUUUGUUGUCCGUGUUUAUAGCCGGCUACAUUCUCAGUUGGAUAUCCGACCUCAUUUGGGGAAGAGAAAAACUCGAUCAUGACCCUAAUCUUUUCAUUACUCCAAUUAGACGGAAACUUAAGAAACAAUUAAGAAAAAAUGUCAAAAUUGGGUUUAUUAUGACCGUUUCAACCAAAGAAAAAUGUAGCUUUAUCAUUUUUAUCGUCACUCUCAUCUUUAUUUCAUUGAUACAAAAAGGAAAUUGUCAGGAAGCUGAUAAAGAAGAUAGCAAAAAUGUUGUAUGCGAAGAUAACCAUGAAGUUAUUACAAAUUCGUUCUCUUGGGUUGAUUACUUAGUGUUAACCGCUAUGUUGGUUAUUUCGUGUGGAAUCGGAGUAUUUUAUGGGUUUUUCGGUGGAAAACAGGAAACUAGUAGUGAUUUUUUAUUGGGUGGGAGCUCGAUGGGUACUUUUCCUAUGGCUAUGUCAUUAGCAGCAAGUUUUAUAACGGCUGUUGAAUUAUUGGGCAACCCAGCUGAAAUGUACAUGUACGGUUCGCAAUAUUGGAUGGUUUGUUUCUCUUUUAUCAUAGUCGUACCAUUAGCAUCAAAAUUCUAUCUUCCCGUUUACAUGAAGCUCCGUUUAACCAGUAGCUACGAGUACUUAUCAUUACGUUUCAACAAGAACGUUCGUACCUUUGCCAGUAUUCUUUACAUUAUUCAAAUGGUUUUGUACACAAGUGUAGCAGUAUAUGCUCCGGCUUUAGCUCUAAGCCACGUAACCGGUUUAAACGUGUACGUUGCUGUAACCGUAGUGUAUAUAGUAUGUAUAUUUUAUGCGUCUCAAGGUGGGAUGAAAGCGGUUAUAAUGACGGAUACUUUUCAAGCUGCUGUUUUGGUUGGAUCUUUACUUUUAAUCGUUCAUUUUGGUGAGAAAUUUGUCGGAGGCGCCGGUGUUGUUUGGUCUCAAAACUAUAAUACCGAAAGAUUAGAAUUUUUAAAUUUAAAUCCAGAUCCAACGAUAAGAAAUGGUUUUUGGCCAGUUGUUUUAGGGGGGACUUUUUAUUGGAUGACAAUGUUUUGUUCGAAUCAAGCUUCGAUACAAAAAUAUUUAUCCGUAGAAACGAUAAAACAAGCAAGAAAAGCUUUAUGGGUGUCAUGUUUUGGGUUAAUAUUAGUUUUUACGAUAAACUUUUACACAGGAAUGAUUUUGGUGGCUCAUUACAAAUCGUGCGACCCAAUUAGAGCUAAUAACAUUCAUGCGUCAGAUGAAAUCCUCCCGUUAUAUGUGAUAUCGGAAAUUGGACACUUAAAGGGCAUCACAGGCUUCUUUGUUGCAGGAAUUUUUGCUGCGAGCUUGGGUACCGUCGCCUCGGCAUUAAAUAGCUUAGCAGCUGUUACUUGUGAGGACAUUUUAACUGGAUUAUUCGGGAUAACUCUACCAGAAUCGAAAGGUGCUUUAUGGGCUAAAUGGGUCUCGGUUUUAUACGGGGCUUUAAGUUUUAUAUUAGUUUUCGUUGUUGAACAACUAGGUAGUGUUUUACAAAUCGCCAUCAGUUUUAAUGGAAUGGUUGGUGGGGUUACAUUGGGAUUAUUUACUUUGGGAAUGUUUUUUCCAUGGGCAAAUGCUAAAGGUGCAAUUUUUGGUUCAACAAUCGCUUUAGCUUUAGUUUUGUGGAUGGGAAUUGGACAACAAAUUUCAAUGGCAACCGGUUCGAUUAUCUUACAAGAAAAACCAACGAAUAUCUCAGGAUGCCUUUGUUUAAAUAACACAGCAAAAGAAGAAACUACAUUCGAUUUAAACACAACUAAAGAUGAACCAAUUUUCUUUUUAUACAGAAUUUCGUUUUUAUGGUACUCCGCUAUUGGAUGUUUAAUUACAUUAAUAUUAGGUCUUUUGGCAUCUUUCGCUUUUGGCAAACAAGAUCCAUCAGAGGUGAACGACGAUUUGAUUACACCUCCGAUAAGCGAGAUUUUGCACUCCCUACCAAACAAUUUCAAAGAAUUUUUGGGAAUUCCUUUAAAAACUAAGAAAAAUAAAGAGAAUAAUAUCCCAAUGAGAGGAAUUUUUAACGUUGCUAUCGAUCUAUCAGAUGAAAGUCCACCGAAAAUGCAAGAUAAUAUGAGGAAAGUCUCUGUUAUGACUGCAUAAUAAUGUUUUUAAUAAAAUUUGUUAAAAAAAGUAAAUUUAAUGUAAAUUUAAUGUGUUUAAUUUUUA